UCUUCAUCAACCGGCACGAAAGAACUGAGGAAACCAAACGUUUGUGCGUUUCUGCGACCACGUGACCCGCGAGCGUCCACGUCACUCACCUGGUCGUUUCCUGCUGGCAGAGGUCCCGCCCCUGCACCCGGGCUGCAGCUUCUUCUCCGUGUUCUUGAACCUGAGCACAGUCCUCAUCCGGAUCCCGAGUUUUGGCGCGCAGGAACUGCCGGAACGAAAACGGGUUCGUGUCCGCUUCGUUGUCAUCAUCUGAGGCAGAACCAGAACCGUCAGCGCGGGCCGGCGUCAGCGACUGUCAAGGGAACUCACCGUCUGCGAUGAUCAGAGUUUUCCGGGACAUAGCUGCAUCGUUCAGCUAACUCGGAAGAAGCCGAGCGCUCGCGCCACAUGACCGGCCUCGUGGCCGGCGAUUGGCCCAGGGCGUCACGUGACGACAGAGGAAACCGCCAGAGAGUGCGUCGGUGACCCUCGUGUUCGCCGCUACGUCCGGUACCCGAAGUGUCAGUUUCCUCCCGGCGGUCGGUUCGAUUCAGAUGAGAUCCGCGCGCGGCGAUUUAAGAUAAGAGACGGCGCGGUCCGGACGAGGUCGACGUUCAUCUGUGCCGAUCCGACACCGAGCCCCACCGGCGAGGUCUGGUGGUGGAGGGGGCGGGGUGUUGUGUUUGAGCAGCAGUGGAAAUGUCCCAGGAGAUUCCGGCGGACGGGACUCAGUCCAUGUCCACCCAGUCCCAGUCCCCGUCCAGGUCCACCCAGUCUCCGUCUAGGUCCACCCUGUCUCCACAGGGUCACUCUCAGCCCAAGGCUCACUCCCAGACUAGUUCCAGCUCCUCCAGCGCUCCAACGUCGGGCAGCCAGUCCUCCACAGGCUCUGGGACGCUGAGCAGCGUGGAUACCCUCCCCGUGACGCUGCCGUCCGUGCCCGAGGAGCCAGAACCACAACCCUGGGGCAGGUUGCUGCCCAUGGCUCGCGGGUUCAGAUCCCACGACUGCCUGGAUGAGGAGUAUCUGUUUGGCCGGGACUCUAAGUGCCACUAUGUUCUGGACGAUCCAGAUGAACGCGGGUCCAAACGGUUCAGAAUCUACAGCAAGAAGCACUUCAGGAUCUACAGAGAGGAGGGCGAGGUCUUCAUUCAGGACUUCAGCAACAACGGAACGUUUGUGGAUGGACUCAAGAUUGGGAAGGACAAGAAGCUCCCGCUGGUCAACAAUGCAGUUUUGUCACUUUCUGAAGUCAAGAACCGAGUGUUUGUCUUCAUUGACCUGUCCAAGGGGGAUGAGUCCAGCCUCCCGGCCGACCUGCAGGACAAAUACCUGCUGACUCGACGCAUCGGAACAGGAGUGUGUGGAGAAGUCAAACUGGCCUUCGAUCGAGCCUCCUGCAAGAAGUUUGCUGUGAAAAUCAUCGAAAAGAAAAACUUCCAGUCUGAAGGGACAGCGACCCGCAACGCUCAGACGGAGAUCGAGAUCUUGCAGCGAGUCGACCAUCCGUGUCUCAUCAAAACAGAAGACUUCUAUCAGACGGACGAGCGCUACUUUAUCGUCCUGGAGCUGAUGGAGGGCGGUGAACUCUUCCAGAGGGUCAAGUCUCAGCAACAGCUGCAGGAGCCGGUCGCCAAACUCUACUUUUACCAGAUGCUGCGAGCUGUGGAGUACCUUCACAGCCACGGAAUCAUACACCGGGACCUGAAACCUGAAAACAUCCUUCUGUCGUCACAUGAGAACAUCUGUCUCAUCAAGCUCACUGACUUCAACCAGUCCAGGAUCCUGGACUCCUCUGCGCUCAUGAGGACGUUGUGUGGAACGCCGUCGUACCUGGCCCCUGAAGUCUUCACCCACGCAGCAACAACAGGCUACAACAGCGCCGUGGACAGCUGGAGUCUGGGCGUGGUGCUGUUCGUGUGUCUGGGGGGUUACCCGCCGUUCCACGAAAACUUCGGCCACUCGGUGACGGACCAGAUCGUGCGAGGGCAGUUCACCAUGGUGCCGUCCAAGUGGAGACACGUCACGGACCAAGCCAAGGAUGUGAUCAGGAAACUGCUGGUGGUGGAUCCCACCAAGAGGAUGACCAUCAAAGAAGCCCUGCAGCACGAGUGGCUGAAGGACCAACAGAUGAUUGACCAAGCUCAUCAGCUGAUGUACCCUGAUAAGAACAUCCCUGAUGCUAUGCCUCUCACGUUUAACUUCACCAUCCAAAACACAUGGCUAACCUUAACCAGGACUCUGAACCCAGUUAUAAGGACCAAGUUAUUUGGGCGUUUACACUCUCAAAACUUGAUGUGGACCAUCCAAAAUGACACCCAGCCGCCUGCAGCUUCUCCAGUCAGGAAACGCAAACGUAACCUUGACAACGAUGGUGACAGUGAGCCUCCUGCCAAACAAGCCCCGCCCCCUGACAUGUAG